UCGGAUUUAGUUAUUCACUAACUCGCGACCGGAAUUCUCGAGGUCCUUGGAACUCCGACUCGGUCAGCAAGGUGAAACAUCGCUGCCACCCGAAAACUCAAGCGCCAGUUCAGAUGAUAAUCAACAACAUCAAAUCUGCCUGAUUGACUUCAAUUGCUCCUCGAUCUUCUACAAUUAUCAAUUUUCAUAUUUUCCGAUCCUUGAGUGAGGUCACAAGAAUACUUUCAUAGCAACAAUGUGGCUUCUUGAUAUUAUACUAGAAUAUGGGGCGCCAUUCUUUCUCAUUACCGCGCCCAUCACGUCCUAUGCCGACCAGAUUCAUAGCAUCCAUCGGAGCAAGAGCUCAGCCGGCUUCUCCUUAGACAUUCCGUUGAUUAUGCUCAUAGCGUCUAUCUUCAAAUUCUUCUACUGGUUCGGGUCAUAUUACGCCGCCUCAUUAUUCAUCCAAGCAAUCAAUAUGAUAUUCGUGCAGUUGGUACUGCUGAAAAUCGCAUUGACCCAUAGACCAACUCCGAGUGCAAAAGAUAAUAUUGAGCAUGUACCGUUCAGUGGACAGUAUCAUGAUAACACUCUUAUGGGGUUUAUGCGACCAUAUAACUUUUGGCGCUGGAGGAAUGAGAAGCCAUAUUGGACUGUUCUGGGCUACUUCACCGGCUUUCUCUUCGUUAUUCACGUUUUUCUCCCCUUCAUCUCUCAAACGGAGACCUACAUCAACCUCCUCGGCGUCGCCGGACUCACAGUCGAAGCUUUUCUCCCUGUCCCCCAGAUCCUCGCCAACCAGCGCUCUCAUUCCUGUAAAGGAUUCCGUGUUUCCGUUCUAGCUUCUUGGCUUCUCGGUGACGCUAUGAAGAUGAGCUACCUGUUUUAUACCAAGGAUGUUAUUCCUCCGGCAUUCAAGUUUUGUGCAAUCUUUCAAUGCAUGUGCGAUAUGUACUUGGGCCUACAAUACUUGAUGUACGGUACUGGGAAGGCUACUCAUACAGCAACGGGGAAUGGUGAUCGAUGGGGCGCAAAUGAGAAGGAUAUUCACCUGGGCUGAUUGUCUUCUCAUCGAGCUCCCUAGUGAUCUGGUUGGCAUAUGCUAGGGCAUUAUGGGGUUAUGUAGAGAGAGAGAUAUAUAUAUACGACUAUUAAUGU